AUGCUUCGCUUACCUCGAUCGGCCAGGAAUGCGGUGAAGAUCGGGAAACCUGGAAGCGCGGCGAGCGAUGAUCCAGUCCCAAGCGGGCCUCCGGCCGGGCAAAAUAUUUUUGGCCUCUCGCCAAAUAAGCCCUCAAGAAUGGCGGAUCGCGGCGACGGUGCAUCCAAAGAUGAACAGGAAGAGGACCGAUCAGAUCGACAUCCAAGAGAGCUGUUUAAGAUGAAAACCAAACAAGCCGCGCUGAAGACCGAGGACACUACCAGGCUUCCUCAAAGGAGAGCUCGCGCUAAGUUCGAAGCGAUCACGAUUGAUGGCACCGAAGAAACCUUCCAGGAUUUCGAGCGCGCGAUGCUGGAGCCGGAAACACCGGACCAGGACGAUCCCGAGUUUUUCACGGUUCCUCCUCCGGUGGCGAGAACCAGACCCAACCGAUUUCAAGCUGACAACGAAGACAUCACGCUGAAUGAGGAUAGUGUUCGCUCCUUCGCCACUGUUUUGGAUGACGAUGUCGAGAGGGAAGAAAGUGAGUACAGGUUCCAGCAGCCUGAGAACUUUAUUGACGACAUGAUUACUAUGAAUGCCCCGCUUCAAGUUCCAAAUGGACUUGAACCGAUAUCUGAAGAACGGGAUGGCGACAACGAAAAAGGUGAAGACAAAGGACCAAAGUCGCCGGAGCCUCAUAAGCCGCGAAAGAAAAGAAAGACGAUCAAGCGGCAGAAGAAACUCGUCUACGACGUCGAGUUGACUGAGAUUCCAGCUCAAGUUUUCCAGUCCUGGCUGCAGGACACUUCAAAUAUCAUCUACAGAAGAAAUAGACGAAAGCUGUAUACACAAGCAUCGGCUGAAAGAGCAAAAGUGAUGCUGAACAAUCCCUUAACUUUCUUAGGCUGCGGUACCAUACCGAAGUCACUUUUACCAGCCUCAAUCGUUGAUCUGUGGUCCAAAGCAACCGUGGUGACUCCAAGGAAUGAACAACAAAAGACUACUUCUGAGCAGCAGAAACAACAAGAACAGCAAACAUCUGCCAAACAGCAGGACCAGCAAGUAUCUGCUGAUCAAUCGGUAGCACUACAGUAG